AGCGCGCCGACAAGCCCGGCGUGUCCUUCCAUCAUCAUGUUGGCCGCCCUGCUCGCCCUCGCUGCCGCUGCGACGACGCCCGAGGGCCUCGCGUGGCUCGAUGAGAACAAGAACAAAGCUGGGGUUGUCGUUCUGCCCUCCGGCCUCCAAUACAAGGUGCUCAAGGAGGCACCUGCUGGCGCCAAGUCGCCGCUGGUCGGAACGCCCUGCUCGUGCCACUACCGGGGCACGCUGAUCGAUGGGACAGAGUUUGACUCGUCGUACAAGCGCGGCCAGCCGACCACCUUUGCGCCCAACCAGGUCAUCAAGGGCUGGACCGAGGCGAUGCAGCUGAUGGGUGAAGGCGACAAGUGGGAGCUCUACGUGCCAUCAGAGCUCGCGUACGGCGACCGGCAGCGCGGGCAGCACAUCACGCCCGGCGCGGUCCUUGUCUUCGAGAUCGAGAUCCUCGAGGUCAAGGGCGAUUCCAAGCCGAAGGCGGCAGCCUGAGGGAAAACACACGCAGGCUGCCCCGAGCUUCGCUGGAGCCGUAGGCGGCAGUCCAGAUCUCUGGGUCACGAAUCCCCGUCCUCGGAGCGUCGCGUGCCUUCCGAACCAUGGCACCGGCGGGAUAAAUAUACGUUUUGCUGGCCCCCACCCGGCUCGCGGUUGGGGGUUGGCCGGGACCGGUUGGCUGCGGGUCCCGCCGGGUUUUUUAAAUACAUCUCGGUUAGUGGGCGUCAC